AUGCAGGUUGGUUUCGGUGGUCGCGACUCAGGAGAUAAAAACCCGUUCACCCCAAAGGCUUACGUGGAACGUUAUUGGGACAGACAUGUCAGCAGCAGCUUCCCCAAGCCAUCCUUCCUUCUUUCCAAGGCUUCCCCAAUGACAGCCGCCGACACCGCCUCCUUCGCUAAGCUCGCCGCCGCCAACACCCUCUCCACACGGUUGCCGGAUUUUUGCUCCGCCGCGCACCUUCUCUGCUUCCCGGAGGUCCGUCCAAGCCUAGAGAAACACACCAAAGACGAGAAUUUUCAAACCUACAACGACGGCCAGAACUUCACCAACUACGGAACGAGUAGCGCCGGCGGACUCGACACGUUUAAGAACUACUCCAACGAUAUCUUCAGCACUCCUGUCAAUGAUUUCCGCCGAUACAGCCGUGGAGCCGCUGGCCACGAAGAAACCUUCACCGGCUACGCCAGCGACACCAACGUCGCCGACCAGAGCUUCCACACGUACGGCACCAGCACCGCCGGAGGCUCUGGUGAGUUCAAAAAUUACUCCAGCAAUUCAAACGUCCCCGACCUGCGAUUCACCACCUACUCCGACAACACCGCUGGGAGGACGCAGUCGUUCUCCAGCUACAGUGAGGACGGUAACGCCGGCAGCCAGACAUUCCAGAGUUACGGCAAGAACUCCGCUGGAGCCGCAAACGACUUCACAGCCUACGGAACAGACUCCAACGUUGCCUCCUCUGGGUUCACGAACUACGGCAAGGGAGGCGCGAUUCCCAAUGACACCUUCACGAACUACGGCGUUAACAUGAACGUGCCCGAAGAGACCUUCAAGAGCUAUGCAGACGGAACCCAUGGUGGCACUGAGAGUUUUGCCAACUACAGGGACCAGUCCAACGUCGGUGACGACUCGUUCCAAUCCUAUGCUAAGAACACCAAAGAAGGGACCCAUGUGGACUUCAAGAACUACGGCAACUCGGCGAACCCAGGUUCCGACACUUUCAAAGGCUACGCCAAAGGAGCCGAAGGGGAUCACAAGGUUGGCUUCACUGGCUACGGCGUUAACACUAACGCUACCUUUAAGGAUUACGCCAAAGAGGGUGUUUCCUUCGCUACUUACAACACCUCUUCCUCUCCCUCUUCUACUUCUAAAACCGUUCGCGACAGUUUAGUGAAAAGGUGGGUUGAACCCGGUAAGUUCUUUCGCGAGAGCAUGCUUAAGGAAGGAACUGUCAUGCCCAUGCCAGAUAUAAGGGAUAAAAUGCCACAAAGGUCGUUUUUGCCCCGCUCCAUUUUGGCGAAACUGCCCUUCUCUUCUUCAAAGGUUGAGGAGUUGAAGGGCGUGUUCAAGGUGUCGGAUAACUCCUCCAUGGACAAGAUGAUCAUGGACUCUUUGACUGAGUGCGAGAGAGCACCCAGCGUCGGAGAGGUGAAGCGUUGUGUGGGCUCUGUCGAGGAUAUGAUUGAUUUUGCAACCUCUGUUUUGGGCCAUAAUGUGGCGGUUUGGACCACUGAGAAUACAAAUGGGUUCAAUAAGAAUGUGAUGGUGGGUCGGGUCAAAGGGAUGAACGGCGGGAAGGUGACCCAAUCAGUGUCGUGCCACCAGAGCUUGUUCCCCUAUCUGCUCUACUAUUGUCACUCGGUUCCUAAGGUUCGGGUCUACCAAACCGAUCUUUUGGACCCGGUAUCCAAGGCGAAGAUCAACCACGGUGUCGCUAUCUGUCACUUGGACACCACUGCAUGGAGCCCCACCCACGGUGCAUUCUUGGCUCUUGGAUCGGGUCCGGGUCAGAUUGAAGUUUGCCACUGGAUAUUUGAGAAUGACAUGACUUGGACCGUUGCUGAUUGA